AUGCUGAUUAAACAAUUUAUUCCAAAGCUUGCAACAUCAAAUUUCUUUCGAAGGUUUAGUACAAUUAAUGCAUCAAAAGAUCAUUACAAAGCUCUUGGACUUUCAGAGAAAUCAACAGAGUCAGAAAUACGUCAAGCUUAUUUAAAUCUAGUUAAAAAGCAUCAUCCUGAUUGCCCUACAGGUAGCACAGAAAGAUUCAAAGAAAUUAAUGAAGCCUAUGAAAUCCUCAGUGACAAAACUCUCCGUUCUCAAUAUGACACUUUGAAAAACUUUAAAAAUCCGACUAAUUCUUCUUACACUUAUCAAGAUUAUCAAAAUAAAAAUGAUCGUGCAUAUAAAUAUUGAAAAGAGCAAGAGAAAAAAAAUUUAUAUGAAGAGUGGGUAAAAUAUAAUGAAAAUAGAGCAAAGGCUAGAGAGUAUUAUAAACAAAGAAACCAAGAAAGGCCAAGAGGUUCAUGAAGAAGAAAAACUGAGGACUUUUGGGAAUCGGAAUAUGAAAGAGAAAAAAACUACAAUGAGAAUCUCAAUGAUAAAGAAGAUGAUCGGCCUCAUAUGCUACUGAUUGAUAGCCUGGCCGUGAUCUAUUUUUUUGCAUUUUUUGGGCUGUUUUUCUAUGCAAUUUAUAUAGUUAGACAGAAGCGCAAUGAGCGCGACAGAGAAGCUCGAGAAUUAUACAUCAAUGAAAUACAAAAAUAUCGUCAAGAAAUAGAGAUACUCAAAGAAUACGAGCGAACCAGAUAUUUCCCAGCCAAGCCUGGCUCUUAA